UGCUUACGGCACAAUGCAGGCCCUGCUAGCCCUUUGCCUCACAUCCGCAGCCUUCACUGCUUUUGCUGCUGCCAUGAGUGACCCCUGAGCUCCAACCAAGCCCUCCACAGCUGCAAAUGAGCCGGCAGCCAGCUCCCAAGCCCCUGCUUGGGGAGAAAAAGAAGAAGGCCUUUUUCUGGUCUAGUGUGGAGAUCCUGGAUCUCAUUGAGGUCUGGGGAGAGGAGGCAAACCUCCAAGAUCUCUGCACCAAAUGCAGGAAUGUGGACAUUUACGGCUGGAUGGCUGACAUACUGGGCCAGAAGGGACACAUGCGCACCCAGGGACAGGUGCGCAAGAAGGUGAAGGAGCUACGGCAGGCCCAUACCAAGGCCAGGAAACGCAGUGCUCAGGGGCAGCACCCCAUACCUGCCCCUAUUUUGACCAGCUCCACCAGAGCCUGGGAGUGGUGUCAGUCCCCCACGUCACUCCUCCCUGGGCUGGAGACGCCUGUUGUCAGCUUCCCAGAGAGCGUGGCUGAGGAGGAGGUGCAGGAGGAGAAAAAGGAGGACGAGGAGGCCAGCACCAACACCAUGCCAGCCAGCCAGAAGGUCAUCCAGGCACUUGAACCAGUAUCGCCGGGCCCAGGAUAUUGCCCAGGGAUCAGACAAAUCUGGGGAAGGCCCAUCAGCUGGACCAGCUGCGAGUGGGGCGCGAGCUACAUCUCCUGCACCUGCCUCCUGACCGCAUGAGAUCUGCGGGUGCUGCCAACCCUGCGAGGUUGGAGCGGGAACACAUAGCCUGCCUCUGUUUCCUACAGCGGGCUCUUGAGCGGUAGGACUGGAGAUUGGAUGUGGACCUGAAGGAGCUCCGUGCUGACUGGGAGCUGUACUGCUCCAUCUGUCAGGAACUGUCCCAGGAGGCACAGAGCAUGUGCACGGCAUACAGCGCCGCCACCAACCACUUGGUCGCCACAAUUGAGUUGUCCAGCAGCCUUCCCCCUGCACCCGCUCUUUCCCAAGUCCCCCUCUACACUUGUUCUUGCUCCUACAGCUUCUUCCUUAGUCCCCACCCCACCCAAUGGCCACCAAGGGCCCCACACAAAAGUCAGUGGGGCCAGCUAAGGCAGGCUCCAGUUCUAGUCCCAUCCCUGAGCCCCACCUCCCCCUUCUACCUCCUUCCCCUCCCAGGU